GUUUUUUAAGUGGGAUGGUUGGGUUGUUUGGCUGGUGGUGUGCAUGUACAAAGGAUUAUGGGUUAUGGCCUCAUCUUUGUCCCACUUCGUCAUUGAACAUCCAUCACGUGAAAAGACACUGUUGUAGGAAUUCAAAAAGCGUGAUUUUUGAGUACUUUGCGAUGGUACUUCGUCAAAAACAGUUUUACAGCCACAUUUUGACUGCAUACAAACAGAUAUCGCAGGCGUAGACGUCAUCAGCUGUGAUGCGCGUUCCACGAGAAUCAUGGGUGAUGGCGUCCACGUCUAACCUGUCGUCUGAACAUCCGUCACGUUGGUAGUUCCAAAUUGUAGUACUUUAGGAAGUAUGAGUUUGGAUGGCUAUAACAAACUUGAAGUUAUAAAAUAAGCAAACAAAGAAACUAUUAACACUAUAAAGAAGACACUAGUGCCAAUUUCAAGUUAUUUUCCAUUCAUUUACUGAAAAUUAAAUGAAUGGUAUGGUGCGGCUGUUCUGAUAAAAGUAACAGUGUUGUUCAUGACCGUGAAGAGCUAUCCCCCAGAAAAUGCCUCGGCGGAUAAUAGCUUAACCUUGUCUUUGACAGUUUUUUUUCUGCGCUAGCGGUCAAAGGGUAUUCAUGUUUGCGAAGUUGCUUAAUCUGCGAAAUGUGUAAUAAUUACGCUACAAGAUGUCUGUUCGCAAUGACGGUGUUAUGUAACGUUUGUAUGUGUUAAUCAUGUCUAUUUUGCAAAGUUGGUCUGUUCUGGUUUAACAUUGCUGCCAGAAGAAAGGAACAUAAGUUUGUUGAUCAUGUCAUAUCCAGCCUCAAAAUUAGCUGUCAGAGACAGUUUCGAGGAUGAAGAUGUCAGUGAUGAUGUUGAAGACGAAGUGUUUAUUCGUGAUGGAAGAAAUGGUUUCAAAGUUGAUGAAGAAAGAGGCGUUAAACGGCCACUUAUGGCUCCAAGAAGAAAGUCAAAGUCAAGUCAUUUCCACAGUGAAAUUGGCAGAAGGCGCCGUUGCAGAGCGCAUUUUGCACCAUGUUGUUACGGUUGCAUAGCACUGUCUGCUCUCUUAGGCUUAAUAGUUUUGGUGGUCUCUCUAGUGAUGUGGUUUCCAUUUCCAUUAGAUCAAGUUACAAAGUUCUGGAAGGUUGGUGUACGAUCUCAGCUGGGCAAUGUAGUAAUUCCUUGCACUGAACUCUUUGUAGAAGAUGUAUGGACCAAAAGCUUAUCAAAACUGACAGUAGAGUCGGCUGUGCAACUGAAUGAUAUCAAUAAAGAUGGUGUCAUGGAUGUAAUCAUAGGAUAUGGGACAGGAGCAGAUGGACACAAUGUACCUGAUUUUGUGUGCACUAUUUACUUUGGCCGGGUAACACCAUGCCUAGGAGGUGUGAUCGCACUAGAUGGUGUAACUGGUAACAUAAUUUGGCAGCACUGGACAUCCCACUCUGUAUUUAUGGUGGACUGUAGUGCAGAUCUCACAGAAGACAAGACUAAUGACUGUCUUAUCUCAGGGAAGGGUGGGGUACUACAGCUGGUUAAUGGUCAUGAUGGGAGUAGUGUGUGGCAGUUUGUGGAGCAUGCAGGACAGGCAGGGCUUCAUGGUGAACCAUUUGUUGACGUUUACUCGGCUCAGUUUAUACAGGAUGUGGAUGGUGAUGGUUUCCCUGAUGUGGUGGCUGCUCAUACAGAGGAUGUACCUCCAGGACUGACAGGUCAUCUGGUGCUGGUGAGUGGAAAGAAAGGCAAGUUAUUGCAGAAAGUGGCGACCCCAAAUGGAGAGGAGACCUUUUAUGCGCCGCAAGUGUUGUUUCACCUUGAUGGUGAAAGUAUUGUGGUGUUCGGAACUGGAGGGCAGGCAAGUCCAGGAGGCUUGUAUGCCUUGCCAUUGCAUCACCUGGUGAAGGGCAACAUGCUACAGGUUCGGGAACUCUACCGAGAUGAAGCAAAGGGUAUUAUGUCUCCACCUGUAAUGGCUGACGUGAAUCAAGAUGGCUCAGAAGAUAUUGUAGCAGCCAUGUUCAACUCCAUAGUAAUUGCUUUUAAUGGUCUCACUUUCCAGCAGCUCUGGAACUUCUCAUUUCCUGGGUCAGAAACCUCCAGUGCCCCAACUCCCAGUUAUUUUAAUGAUGACAACAUUCCAGACUUUCUUGUGAAGUACCAAAAUGGACCUGGAUAUCCUGUAUAUUACUCUUCAGAGACUACAGUACUGGAUGGAAAGACAGGGAUCCCACUGCUAGCCAAGCCAGUUAUAGACACUAUGGGCUCCCAGAUUGGUGGACUCAGUAUUAGUAUGGAAGGCUUGGGCAAUGACCUAAUGUUAUAUUGGAGAGCAAACUGCCUGCAUCAUGAUGGACCUACCAAGCCCUUCAGCUUCAUGCCAGGGUCUUCCAUCCAGACACAGAGCAGAAUAGAUCUGUGCCAAGUGCUUUUCAACUCAACGCUGUCCACACAGUUUGUAGCCCUCAACCAGCAUAUUGAGCCACCGGGAAUUGCUGUGUAUUCAUCAGAGGAACGAAGACAGCUGGAGUACAACAAUUCUAUUAACACAUCUGCCCAGGCUCAUCACUACCUUGACACUCAUCCAGACUUCUUGGAUGCAUAUGGCCAUAGAACUGAGUACAAUAAAGUGAUGUCAAAUGAAAACAAAGAGUUUGAAGGCGGUGCGACAAGAGUCUCUAGUUUCCGACACAGAGAAGAUGAUUCUGUUUUGAGGAACAGUGCCAGUGGGAAAGGUCCUGGUUACUUCUACAAUGAGGGUGACUAUUUUGUAGCAAACCGAGGACGAAAUAGGAUUUCAAAUGAUGCUGGGGAGCAAGAAGAGAUGCUGGCACCUGACUUUCAAGGUAACGGUGAGUAUCCAACUGUGAGGAAACAUGGAGGCACUCAACCCUUGGAGCAACCUUGGCAGCAGCAGGGAGAAGAGGGCAGUAUUCCGCUGACUUAUAGCAACCUAAUGGGAAGUAACCCAGCACCAAAUCAGGAAUCUGAUUAUGAGCUUCUAUAUGGCCCAGUGAGUGCAGAGUCAGUUGGGGGCAGUCAACAGGGCUACCCAGUGGACACUCAGCAUGACAAGAGAACAGAAUACAGCAGAGUCAAGAGAGGCGUACAUAGUGUGCAUGGCUUGCAGCAACUCACUUCAUUAGGAAUGCUGGUACCACGCCUCCCGGCUUCUAGCAAGAAUGACACCAUUGACUUGGUGUUUGUAUCAUACUGGAUACAUCCAGUGACUGAGGCUCAGGUGAUCCUUGGAAAGGAUAAGGACUGCAUAGAGAAGAAACGAACAGAAGCAGAAACUGACACUGCAAGUGUUUCAGGUAAAUAUCACAGUUUUGAUCCUGAAAUGGCUGUGAAGGACUGCUUAGAAUAUAAAUGGGAAGACAAACCAGCAGACACACAACCUGACCAUUUCAGCCUGAACAUGGGCCAGGCUACAGUGUACAGGCUGAGGAUUAGUUGCAGAUGUAGGGAUGUGAGGAUUGGGGAGAAGUGCUCAUCCAUUCUGCCAUUCAGUCAGCAAAGUUGGCCUGGAUUUAUGGGGCAUAAUGGUAAUGGACACUUCAGACCAAGAAAUGGCUAAAAUCUCAUUCAUGAAGUAAGUUCGUACAUCAUAUUUUUAGUGAUAUACCGUAAAUGUUCAAAUAAGCACAGGCUACUUACUGUUUACAGUCUCUUAUGCUAAUACCCAGCUUAAGCAUUUAAUCAGACGUCUGCAGCUUUAAAUUUAUGCUUCUUUAAAAUGAGAAAAUUUAAAAUAUACCAGCUUAAAAAAGUUUUAAUGUCUGGUAAAUACUGAUGCAAUUGCUGUCCUCAGAUCAGCUAUCACUAGUACAUUUUUGAUUGUGUGUUUACAGUUUAUCAGAUGGUACCUGGCUGUAAUUUUAACCAAGGCCAAUAUGUAAGCCUGGCAUGUAAUCGAACAUUUGCGAUAUAUUAAGAAAUUCUGUUGUAUUCAUUACCCCUUCUGUCUCGCAAUUUUUCUGUUUAUUUCUCUUAAUUAAUUUAUUUUGUUGGUAAUAUUCACUGCUACGGCAUAUGAACAUGUGUGACAGGAGUAAUAAAGGGAAAUGUAUUUAUUACUCAUGCCUUAAAUUUUUCUGUUUUUACAGCAUACAGCAUUUAAUUAGCACAUUUCCUUAUUUGUAUCUUUCUACUUGUUUGUAUAUACAAAUAAAAUGGAUGAAUGUAUGAACUCAUCUUUUCACUGUAGCUUAAAGUAACAGAAUAAACACCAUUUCAAUUCUUAA